AUGCGUUCUCGAGCAGCGCAUCUGAUCCCUGAGCAAGGCGUAUCGUCGUCCGGCAAUACUCCAUCAUCAUGGCCAUCACUCUACAACUGGGUCAUCGAGGUCUGGCCAAUCGAGAACAGAGCACCUGUGCAACGUGGAGGAUUUUAUCUCUCUGACGCGCAUGAAAUAUUCCGGUUCACAUUGUACUGGACGCUGAUAUUUUACAUGCCCGCAUAUAUCCUGUGUGGUAUAUAUGCGUUCUUUAACGUCUCCUUCCCGCCUAAACGAGAGAACCGAGAAACAUAUCGUGCGCGACCGACGUUUAACCUCCCGUUCACAUCCUUCGGUGCCGCCCCGACGAUCACAGUCAACGAAAUUCCAAUGACACCGCGCUCUAUGAUUCCUCCUGACCAGAACCGCCCACUUGAUGCCGAUGCGAUGGCUGCGCUUGCACACUACCGCGCGCGCUUGAAGCCCAACGAGCGGAGGUCUCGCCUGACUUUUGCCUUUCUCAUCUUCAUCACAUUCACCGCGCUAUCACUCGCUGGGGCUGUGAUAGGCUCGGCAAUCGUCGGAUACGUCCUUGCCGGUGUUUACAAGGCUGGCCACUUCAAUAUGACUACGUGGAUGCCGUUUCUCGCAGGCCUGCUGCAAACGCUCGUGGGUUUCCUUGGAUUAUGGCCCACAAUCGUGGACAUCAUAUAA